CGAAUUCUAGUAAAAAUGGACGCAAAAGACUUAAAACUCCCUCAGGAGUUUAAACUCACUGAGAACCUUGAGGACUAUCACGAGAUGGAACACUGGGGCCGUACUGACUCGUGGGUGGAGAUCGUCCCUGAAUCUGGGAGGAAAAAUGACUAUAUCCAGAACGGACUUGACUAUAAUGACAUGCUUAUCAAACAAUUGGUCGAAAACAAGGAUCUUGACUCUGACAAGAAGGAACAAGUUAUGGAUUUACUCAGAGAAAAUCUCCAGAAAAUGUCUAAAGCUGCCAAUUCAGCUAUUGAGCGAGGCAAUACUUAUAAGAAGAGUAAGAGGAGGUAAUUCAAUAUAAUAUUUUCCAGCUGGG